AUGUUUGAAAUGCCGCCGCCGCGUUCGUACAAAAGAUGGCGUCUGCGCAACGUAGCUUCCGGUGACCAGCAAGACAUUAUCGUACACUGCCCCCACGAAGUGCGGAGUAAAACGGAGGAAGUGGUGCUGGAGCCGAUUCCGGAAUACCAGAUCGAGUGUGGCGCUGUCUCGCUCUCGCAAGACAAGAUCGCCGCUCUAGCUCUCUCGCUAAUUUUGAAACAGAGGGCUAGUCUUCUUAAAGUUCGAGUAGAAGGAUCGUCAGGCGAAAUAGUCACAAUGGAAAAGAUGAGUCUGGCAAACUUCAAGGACAAAUAUGGUGACAUGCAGCCCCGGAUCGCGAAUGUGUUGUAUUCUACACUUGAUCAACUCGAGGGACUGUUGCCGGGCAAAUAUGUGCUGCACCAUGACCCCAGUCACGGUGAAAACGCAAUGCUGUACAGCCAGAAAGCUUCCAGUGGGCCCACGCUCCUCCUCCACCUUGAUAUAGACUUGAACGCGUCUCCACCGAGUGAUGAGUCCACUAGCCUUAAAACCGCCCCGACACUUUGCGACGACCUUCUGCCUGUCCACAAGUUCCGCAGAACUCUGCCGUGCGCGUUCACGCCCUAUAAAGACCAGCUACCGAAACACGUGCCUAAGACACCCGCAAGAAGUAAAACACCACCACAGGCCAUCAAGAGCGCAGCGGGCAGAGGCCGCAAGCCCAGGACACGAGGCGGACGCUCGCGUAAUAAGCAAUAG